AUGGAUUCUGAUGGUGGUAAGGUUUUUGAGUCAGGCAAGUUUUCUCAGCUAUAUAAUAAGAAGCCGGUGAAUUUGGAUAGUGCUCUUGAGAAAAUCACUGAUUUUGGCCAAUUAAAGAUUUUCCCGCUGGUGAGAGAAGCUAUGGUUAUGGACAUCAAAUCGCAGUAUAAUUUGAAAAAUACACAGUAUAAAUCUAUUGACGAAGUUUCAAUAAGGCCGACACCGGUUCAGAUUGCAGCGAUACGCAAGACCAAUAAAAGUAGGAAACUCAAGUCCGACGCUAAGCUAGCUGAAAUGAGCCAAGGUGAACGAAUUCAGUAUGAAUUGCAAAAUGAGAAUGAAAUGAACAAAAUCAAGAUAUUUACAAUUGCUGCAGAAACAGGUUCGGGGAAGACGUGGGCUUAUUUGGCUUCGGUUCUUUCAAAAUUGAAGGAAGAUGACUUUAACUGGUUUUGUCAGAGUCAAGACAAGUUGCAACGUUUCAAAAGUUCCCAACAAGUCAGGUCAGUUAUACUUGUACCGACUCACGAAUUAGUUGAGCAAGUUUACGAAAAUUUGCAAAGAGCUAACAGUUUCAAAUUGGCUAAUGAUGUUGGAGUGCCCAAACAGUAUCAUGAGUUUUUGCAAUUACCCGAAAACCAAACUUUGGGACUAUCCAUAAUGAAAUUAUCUCAUGGCGAUGCACCAAUCAAAUUGUUCAAAAAACUUCGUCACGAAGGGAAAAUAGACGUAUUGGUCACCACACCUGGCAAAAUCACGGGGUUCUCCAAAUUGGAUGUAGUGGAUCGCCCGUUUAAGGUUUUCAAAAGUGUAAGAUACUGUGUUCUUGAUGAAGCAGAUACUUUGUUUGAUAAGUCUUUUCUUAACGAUACCACUAGUGUAGUUAAGAAUUUCCCGAAUUUGCUCGAUUUGAUUUUGGUUUCUGCAACUAUUCCCAAGGAGUUUGAAAAGACAUUGUCAAGGUUGUUUCCUGAUGACAAUUCCUUGAUACGAGUUGCAACACCGCUGUUGCACAAGAUCCCCAAAAGUAUCAAAAUUAUGACGCUCGAUGCUGAUUUGUCUCCAUACAAUGGGUCAAAAACGAGAUGCUUGGCCCAGGCAAUAUAUGCAAUUUCCAAAGAUGGCACCGAACCAGACCAUGUGAAGAGGAUAAUAGUAUUUGUUAAUGAAAAAUCGGAAGUUGAAGGACUCGUUGAAUUGAUGAAGAAAAAGUACAACAUUAGAGAACAGGAUAUUUGUGGCAUCUCAGGUCAAGUACACGUGGGCGAUAGAAAAGAGUUUCUUGAACCCUUUGUACGUCCAGCUCAAUUACUUAAAGAUGAUCUCGAUCAAAGCAAAGUCAAGAUUCUUGUAACAACAGAUUUGCUAUCCCGUGGAUUGAACUUUGUUGGGAUCAAAAACGUUAUUUUAUUGGGAUUACCAAAAAGUUCAGUUGAACUUGUUCAUAGAUUAGGAAGAACAGGUAGAAUGAACCAGCUGGGACGUGCUUUUAUUAUUGUUGAUAAAAAAUCAAAAAAGUCCUGGGUAAAAGGACUAGGAUCGGCCAUUCUUCGAGGGAUCAAAAUUGGAUAA